GAAGCACUGUGCUACCUAGCAAAUAGGUUUUUGAUAUCAAAUGUGACAAAGAAGACUACAUUACUGAGUUCAGAGCUCGAUGGGUCAUCUAUAAAAUCUGCAUAUGGAGAGGACGUUGGCAAGGUUGGCUGGUUGACCAUGAGAACCAGGCCAGAUAUAGCCUUUGCCGUGAAUCGAUUACAAAGAAGAACUGCCAACCCAAGGAAGCAAGAUUUAGAAGCUUUAUCUCAGCUUUUACGCUAUCUGAAAGGCGCUCCGGAUUAUGGAGUUAAAUUAGCAGUUAAGGAAGAUGGUUUGAUUGGCUACGUUGAUUCUUCGUAUAACGACUGCGAAGAUGGCAAAUCAACUGAGGCCUACAUUUUCUACUAUGCCGGAGCACCGGUUUCAUAG